CUUAUUCAUCAAAUCGUAGAGUACUUACAAACAUAGUCUUAGUGUUGUGAGGAUAUCAUGGCUUUUGCUUUAGGAAAUCAUAUUCUCAUCUUUGUAAGUUUACUCUCAAUAUUAGGGACCCCUUCCUCUUGUUUUAAACCAAGAAACCUUGUUAGUGUUGCUUCCAACUUCACAUCUGAUGCAGAUUGGCCAUCUACAAUGGCUACAUGGUAUGGAGCUCCAGAAGGCGAUGGAAGUGAAAAUGGUGCUUGUGGAUAUGGAAAAGCUGUUGGUGGGCCUCCAUACAACUCAAUGAUAUCAGCUGGAAACCCUUCCAUCUACGAUUCAGGAAAAGGCUGUGGUUCAUGUUAUGAGAUUAAGUGCACAGGAAAUUCUGCUUGCUCGGGCAAUCCUGUUAAAGUAUUUAUCACUGAUUUGUGUCCUGAGUGUAGUCAUUAUUUUGAUUUGAGUGGCCAUGCUUUCGGUUCGCUGGCAAGUUCAGGUCAAGCUAACAACCUACGUGUUGCUGGAAAAAUAUCCGUUCAAUAUCAAAAAGUUGCAUGCAAUUAAAAUGAGGAUUGGAAGCCUGAUCAUACUUACAAAGCAACCGAAAAUUUUAAUUAAGCGUAAAAUGUCUGUGUAUUUGGAUUACUAGCUAAAGUGAUAUGUAUCCACCUCAAUCAAGUUCCCAAAGUGGAUUUUGGAUUGUAUUAUGUAAUCAAUUAAUAAUGAAAUUAUGUUAGUUAAUAACUUAAUAAGUAAAUUAUAAAUUUAUUCC